GUGGGUAUAAAAUAUUAAAAUGUGCACAAGAGGGUUACGUUGAUGGAACUUUGUCCAAUACCUCUCCAACGAGAAAAAGUGUACCAAUAACUAUAAGCCAGAUAGAACUUGUCAUCCUUCGUAGCCGGCGACUUUCUGCAAAUUUUGGAAUUUCUCUGAAAUGGAGAACAUGAUGGGUCUGCUUAGAGUUCAUAUCCAAAGAGGGGUGAACCUUGCAAUCAGAGACGUGAGGAGCAGUGACCCGUAUGUUGUCAUCAAAAUGGGAAAGCAGAAGCUGAUGACUCGUGUAGUGAAGAAGAAUAUCAAUCCGGAGUGGAAUGAAGAUUUGACUCUUUCUAUUUCAGAUCCAAUUAUUCCAAUCAAUCUUUUUGUGUACGACAAGGACACGUUUUCUCUAGAUGAUAAAAUGGGGGAUGCUGAGUUUGAGAUUGGCGCAUUUCUAGAAGCCAUCAAGUUUCGAUUGGAAAACGUUCCGAGUGGAACUAUAAUUUCCAAAGUACAACCAAACCGGCUAAACUGUCUUGCAGAAGAGAGCCAUAUUAUCUGGAUGGACGGCAAAGUUGUGCAAAACAUGGUUCUUAGACUGCGAAAUGUGGAGCGCGGGGAGGUGGAACUCCAGUUGCAGUGGAUCGACGUUCCUGGUUCCCGGGGUUUGUAGAUCGCAUCUGCUCUAUGUCAAUCAAUAUUAGAUGCGUGCUGUUAUGUAUAUAGGUUUUUUUGAUUCAACGCGAGAUCAAAAGAUCAAUAUCAUCGUUAGUUAUGUAAGAUUGUAAGCUUUUUGGAUUUGAGUAAUGCUAAUAUAUUUUCUAAUUUAUACUACUCACUUUGUUCCUUGAUGGG